AGGUCCAAAGAGGUUGAAAACUAGUAAGCAGCAAGUAGGCCCUAGUGGGCUACAGACUCUCCCAAGAGAAAGGACACCAGAGAGCCGGAUUCCUGAUGUUCCUAUGGAAGGAGACUCUCCUCCCAAACAAUAACCACCUUCCAUUUCAUGCUCCUUCCUGCAAGCCAGAGACGUCAACUGGAAUGAAUAACUUAGCUGAAACAUCACAGUCUGAUGGAAAUACGGUUCGUUCUUCAUCUCAAUAUGUAUUAUAUCCACCUGAUAAACCUUUCCUUAAUAGUGAACUACGACGCUCCCCAAAUAAGCCUACAUUUGCCUAUCCAGAAAGCAAUAGUAGAGUAUCUGUUAUAUAUUUGGCAGCCAUAUUUUCUGCUCUGAAGAAUCUUCAAGAUAAGAUUCGACGCUUAGAACUUGAAAGGAUUCAGGCGGAAGAAAGUGUGAAAACUUUGUCUAGAGAAACAAGUGAAUAUAAAAAAGUACUAGAUGAACAGAUACAAGAAAGGGAGAAUUCAAAGAACGAGGAAUCAAAGCAUAAUCAAGAACUGACAUCUCAGUUGCUUGCUGCAGAAAAUAAAUGUAAUCUUUUAGAAAAACAAUUGGAGUAUAUGCGGAAUAUGAUAAAGCAUGCAGAAAUGGAGAGAACAUCUGUCCUAGAGAAACAGGUGACCCUAGAAAGAGAACGACAACAUGAUCAAACACAUGUUCAGAGCCAACUUGUAAAACUGGAUCUUCUUGAACAAGAAUAUAACAAACUUACCACAAUGCAGGCCCUUGCAGAAAAAAAAAUGCAAGAAUUGGAAGCAAAACUUCAUGAAGAAGAACAGGAAAGGAAACGUAUGCAAGCUAAGGCAGAUGAGUUGCAGACUGAUCUAGAAACAAAGAGACUUACCUUUGAAGAUAAAACAACUUCAUAUACUCCUAUUGCAAGAAAAAUUAAAAAAAAGAAGUCAAAACCAUCCGAAAAGAAAGGACCUAGGAACUACUUUGGUGCACAGCCUCAUUAUAGAUUAUGCUUGCGUGACAUGCCAUUUGUGGCUGGAAAGUCCACUAGUCCUAGCCAUGCCGUGGUAGCCAAUGUCCAGCAUGUCCUGCACCUAAUGAAACAACACAGUAAAGUUCUGUGCAAUGACCGAGUAGUGAGCAGCAUUCCCUUGGCGAAGCAAGUAUCUUCACGAAGUAGUAGAAGUAAGAAGUCAGCAACACCCCCAUCUUCCAGCACCGUCAGUGAAGAACUGUCAGAGGUCUUGCAGACUUUACAGGAUGAGUUUGGCCAGAUGAGCUUUGACCACCAGCAGCUUGCAAAACUUAUACAGGAGUCACCAGACACUGAAUUGAAAGACAACUUAGAGUGUGAAUUGGAGGCAUUAGUGGGAAGGAUGGAAGCAAAAGCCAACCAAAUAACUAAAGUUCGAAAAUACCAAGCACAGCUGGACAAACCGAAGCUAGAGAAGCAGAAGAAAGAAGGAAGAGCUAACAAAAAGACCCUUGAAGACGAAGGAAACAGCAGCAACCGAUCUUCGGGGGUCACGGGGACCACAAGUAAGAAGGAUUUUGCCAAACUGAGACCUGGAGAAAAAAGCAGGAAAAAUCUUCAGUUAUUGAAGGACAUGCAAACCAUACAAAAUUUAUUGCAAAGCAGUAAUGUGUGUUGGGAUUACUGACUGCUCACACCAGGUCAUAAAUUUUAUUCAGAUAAUCUGUACCUCAUCGAUCAGAUACUGGCAAUUUACUUUCCAGGUUUCGUACUUAGGUUGGAAUUAAUUAAUAGCAGGUAUGAAGGGCCUAGGCCUCGUUACACACAUGGCUUGUGUUGUGCGGCACCACUAAACGUGAAACCAUGUCCGUAAAUGGAAACCGAGGGGGUUUUAAAACUUGAGAGGCGCUUUCUUUAAGAUGAGUGCACUGUACUGGUAUAUUGCACUUUGUAAACAAAUUACCAGUUUUUUACUUGUGGGUGUGAUAUUUUUAAGAAAUCAUUUUUUAUAUAUAGAUAGAUAUGUAUGUAUAAAUUAGGCUUAAAUUUUCAAAAUACGAGGCUGGCCCCACAGGCAACCUUUGCUUGAAGUCUCAUCCUUAAAUCGUCCCUGGCAUCAAGUGCCCGCGUCCCUUUUUCGUACAGCUAUUAAAUAUAUUUACUUGGA